AAAAAAUAUAGUCGUCGUGUUCCUCCGGCUCGGCGGCUGCAUUGACCUUGGGCUCCGCCAUGAACUCGAUGCUGCUCAGGCCGCUCCCGAGCGCGGGGGCGAGCGGUGGUCGGGGCUCGCCGGGGAGGGGGCGGGUGGUUGGCUCGGCGGUGAGUUUCGGCGGGCGCGGGAGAUGGCGGCGCGGGGUGGCGGUGGUGGCGGCGGGGGCGGGGGCGGAGGCGUCGUGGAUGGAGGAGGCGGGGGUGGCGGUGCUGGAGGAGGGGGUGAGGCGGAACCCGGCGGUGUCGGACUCGUACCGGCCGCCGGGGAUGCCGCGGCCGAACGCGACGGUGCUGGAGGCGCAGGCGCGGGUGUGCACGGGGCCCGAGCAGACGCGCCCGCUCGGGGAGGAGCAGGCCAUGCGCGUCCUCGACACCAUCCUCCGCUCCGGAAUGGGAGAACUCAAAGAUGAGCCAGUAUCCAGUGCACAACUGGGUGCAUUCUUCGCUGGCAUGACAAUAAGAGCUAAUUCCUUUCCAGAAGCCACCCAAUGGAGUGAGGGUGAGCGUCGUGCCAUGAGCUUAUUUUGGCCACGGCUUGUCAAUGUUCUUCCCCCCGAGGUGAAAUUUAUAGCAGAUCCGGAAGGAACAAUCAUGGGAGCAAAUGGUUUAACUGGACCUCGGUAUGUUGGUCAAAGCACUGCAGAGAUGAGACUUGUCAGUGCUUUGAGAGAAGUUCUUGCUGGUGGCCAUUUGGGUUAUGAGGAAGUUCAGGGUGUACUAAAGGAUGUUCUACCAGUUGAAUUAGCCAGUGCAAAUUCAACUAUGGUUAAUGAAGCACUGCUGGCAGCAUUUCUUAUUGGACAGCGGAUGAAUAGGGAGACUGAUCGCGAGCUCAAAGGAUAUUGUCUAGCCUUUGAUGAUGAAUUAGGUCCAACUCCAGUUGCUGAUGUCAAAUCAUUGACACACUAUGGUGAGCCCUAUGAUGGAAAUACACGCUUUUUCAGGAGUACUCUGUUUGUUGCAGCUGUUAGAGCCUGCUAUGGUGAGGCUUGUCUCCUCCAUGGUGUUGAGUGGAUGCCACCCAAGGGAGGCAUAACAGAAGGUCAGAUGCUUAAAUUCAUGGGUGCAAACACACAUUUGUCCACAUUACAGGCCAAAACACUACUGGAGGAUGAGAAUACCGGCUUUGCAUAUUUGGGUCUCCAAGAAGCUUGCCCACCAUUAUAUUCGAUUAUUGGGCUUAGGGAGCAUAUUAAGAAACGGCCACCGCUAGCUACCUCUGAGAAAGUUCAGCAAUUUGUGAGAGCGCGAGGAAGAGAAUCAAUGGUUGCUGGAUUUUAUCAUGUGGGCUAUGAAGAUCCAUUGCUUAUGCUCAUGAGGAGGAGAACUGUUCAUGCUGGACUAGUUGUAAAGGGUGAGGAGGGUGCGCUUUCUAUGACAACCAAAGAAAGAUCUGCUCAUGCAUCAAAAGGACUUCCAGUGAACCAUUGCUCAGGGUUCCGGAUACCAAACAGCACAGAUUUCUCCGAGACUGAUGGCAUUUCUAGAGAGGGCUUCAGUGUCAUUGUGAAUGCUCAGGAACUUGGUUUUGAAUCCACUGAGACUCCACGAACUGAUAGAUCAGUCCUGAAAAACUUGGAGUUGGGUUUGGCAGCGCUGAGUGGGGAGAAAGGACCAGCCUAUGACAGAAUAGUCCUAAAUGCUGCCAUGGUUGACCACCUCUUAGGCUGCACUGGAGCUGAGGAUAUCAAGUCCGCACUUGACAGGGCAAGAGAAGCCAUUGACAGCGGUAAAGCCCUGAGCAGGCUCAUGAAUUACAUAAAAAUCUCGCACAAAGUGUCCUAGCUCGCAAGUGUGCUGGCUGUACAAUUUUGGUUUCUGGUGUCGUGGUGGAAUACUCUCAUCGACUCAUACACGAGCACGAGUGCUUUCAAGUUGCUCAGCUAACAUGGAGAACAUCCCUGACGUGAAUAGUCACUUGCAAGGCCUUGUCAAUAAAUUAACUGAAAGUCUGAAAAACUGAAAAUGUUAGCGAUGGGGAAUACUUGAUUAAUCAAUCUUUCUUUAGCCAUGUUCUGAGAGAAUCUGGCUGCGUGUACCAUA